AUGGAAGCUGCUGCCGAGCGCUGCUUUCAAGAGGGGGACCUGAAGGGUGCGGCGUGCCUCUACGCAAACCUAAUGGUGCUGUAUCCUCAGUACACCAAAAUGGCGCGGAUGUGCAGGGUACUGUCCAACCCGUUGGAUGUUCCUUUACCCUACCGCUACGCUGACGUUGUCGAGGCGUUGCUGGACCCGUGUGUCACAUACCAAACCUUAUUUGGAACCGACGCACCGCCCUCGGUAGUGCGGAAGGCAUUCCAGGGGUGGACGCUUCUGGUUCAUCCCGACAAGAAUCCGUACCCUAAAGCAGCUGACGCGUUUAACCGCUUGGUUGCAUUCAAGGCGGCCGCCAUGGGGACGGUUGAUGAAGGUCCCCCCAACGCGGGUGGGGUAAACUCGAAAUCGAGUUGCCGAGGGAAUGUAAGAAACCGCCAGAGGUGCACGAAACGUCAUGGGUCCGCCAACAGGGCAAACCAGAGCAAUCAGCACUCGCAACUGGGUGACGAAAUUGAUAUGUCGCUAUAUGAAUUGAAAAAGGUGCAGGUAACCCUCAAGUCACUUAAGCGAAAGAAUGUAGAUGACAGCGAGCUACCUCCUCUCAGUGCGUUUCUUCGCCCGGGUGGAGGAGCGCGUUCUCGUGGCGGUGUAGAUCAUUCAAACAACACGAAGGGCAGUGUUCCAACGCCCGAAACUCAGGAGGGCGGCUCGGCCUCUCUUGACGAGUCGAUCCCAACCUCGCCACGAAGUUGUACUGCGGAUACAGCUUGUGAACCGGGGCUCUCUCAAACUAUUGAAGCCCAGUUGCGAUCAUCGGAGGGGGCGACAGAUGCCCCGUAUGUCUUAUCGGAGUUAACACCUCAGCAAAAUGAGGUUGUGAGGGGUGGUAAAGGUUUAGAAGGGGAAAACACUGAGGAACCACUGGGACUACCAACUGCUGGCGGUCAUAUGCAGCAAUAUGCGACCAACAGAAACGUUGGAGAGGUGGACAACGGAUCGCGCGUGAGUCUUGAGGCGGAUGAUUCGGUCCAGGGUCCUGCGAAGGGAAUUCAGAACCCGGAUGCUCUGCCGCGUCGGCGGGGAAAACAUGUGGAUAGGUUAGAGGGGACAUGUACAGGAGAGUUCACUCAGCAGAGCAAUCAAAACUCAACGUGUGAUACGUCUUCGUCGGAGGGAUUGCAUUCCACGACUUUUAACGAAGAUGUACCAUUGGUUGAGUUAGCAAAGCUCGGUAUAAGAGAGUUGUUUGAUGGCAUUCAAAAGAAAAUUAAUAGGGAUCCGAUUCGGUUAAACUGUGACCUGAGCUUUGCCACGUAUACACGCGACAAACAGAAGGAAGUGAAUGAGGCAUCUGUGCAAAGCAACGACGAAACGUGA